AUCUCUCCAGUGUGGACAUAAAAUUGGACUUUUUUGUUUCACCCUGCAGGCACUCUUGGGUUCUACAAGUUUUAAAGAGUUAAGAAAAAUAGAUGGAAUGUCUUGGGAAUGUUGGCAGGGGAGGCUGCAAGUCUUCGCUUCACUUUCUCACCCUGGAAUGCCUCUGGAUUUGCGCUGUUCACUAAGUUCUGUUUUGACCUGCCAAAAGAGCCAGUCUACGGGGCAGUCCACCAAGAGGCAGGGAUGUGUGACUAUCUGCACACUGGGGUUUAUUUUUUCCUGGUGCCUGGUGAGUCCCCAGAGACAAGGAGAAAACAUUUUGAUUUAGGAGCCUUCUGCUAAUCCUUGAGGGAAAACAGUCUCUGAAGAUUAGUGAGGGGCGUGGUGAGGGUAGGUAGGGGGAGAGGAGAGCAAGAGGAAGCAGGGUUAUUUGGACUGAAUUUUUUCCUUGCCUGAUUAAAUCUUAGUGGCAUUGGAAUCUGUGUUUCUGAAAGAACACAGCCCUGUAUGUGGGGCCCGAGAGCGGAGGGGCAAAGGCAGGAGGCCCAGGAGCUGGCAUGGCGGCAGGGCUGCCUGACUCUGAGGACAUGCCAUGCAGCUGGGACCUCACUUGCCAGGCACUGAGGACUUGUCGAGGGGGACACUUUCGGGUCCUACUGCUGAUGUUGAAGCCAUGGUGCAUCUCCAGGGCCGUCUACCAGAUGACGGAGGGCCGUCGAUGUCAAGUCCAUCUUCUUGAUGACAGGAAGCUGGAACUCCUAGUUCAGCCCAAGCUUUUGGCCAAGGAGCUUCUUGACCUCGUGGCAUCUCACUUCAACCUGAAGGAGAAGGAAUACUUUGGAAUAGCAUUCACGGAUGAGACGGGACACCUAAACUGGCUUCAACUAGAUCGAAGAGUACUGGAGCACGACUUCCCUAAAAAGUCAGGACCCGUGGUUUUGUACUUUUGUGUCAGGUUCUACAUAGAAAGCAUCUCCUACCUGAAGGACAAUGCCACCAUUGAGCUCUUCUUCCUGAAUGCCAAGUCCUGCAUCUACAAGGAGCUUAUUGAUGUCGACAGUGAAGUGGUGUUUGAAUUGGCCUCCUAUAUUUUACAGGAGGCAAAGGGGGAUUUUUCUAGCAAUGAGGUUGUGAGGAGUGACCUGAAGAAGCUGCCAGCCCUUCCCACCCAAGCUCUGAAGGAGCACCCCUCCCUGGCCUACUGUGAAGACAGAGUAAUUGAGCACUACAAGAAGCUGAAUGGCCAGACAAGAGGUCAAGCAAUCGUGAACUACAUGAGCAUCGUGGAGUCUCUCCCAACCUACGGGGUUCACUAUUAUGCAGUGAAGGACAAGCAGGGGAUACCAUGGUGGCUGGGACUAAGCUACAAAGGAAUCUUCCAGUAUGACUACCAUGAUAAAGUGAAGCCAAGGAAGAUAUUCCAAUGGAGACAACUGGAAAACCUGUAUUUCAGAGAAAAGAAGUUUUCUGUGGAAGUUCAUGACCCCCGCAGGGCUUCGGUGACAAGGAGGACAUUUGGGCACAGUGGCAUUGCAGUGCACACCUGGUAUGCGUGUCCAGCAUUAAUCAAGUCCAUUUGGGCUAUGGCUAUUAGCCAACACCAGUUCUAUCUGGACAGAAAGCAAAGUAAGUCCAAGAUCCAUGCGGCACGAAGUCUGAGCGAGAUUGCCAUUGACCUGACCGAGACUGGGACACUGAAGACCUCAAAGUUGGCCAACAUGGGGAGCAAGGGGAAGAUUAUCAGCGGCAGCAGUGGGAGCCUACUGUCCUCAGGUUCUCAGGAAUCAGAUAGCUCUCAGUCAGCCAAGAAGGACAUGCUGGCUGCCUUGAAAUCCAGGCAGGAGGCUCUGGAGGAAACCCUGCGCCAGAGGCUGGAGGAACUGAAGAGGCUGUGUCUCCGGGAAGCUGAGCUCACUGGCAAGCUGCCAGUUGAAUAUCCCCUGGAUCCAGGGGAGGAACCACCCAUUGUUCGAAGAAGGAUUGGCACAGCCUUCAAGUUGGAUGAACAGAAAGUCCUGCCCAAAGGAGAGGAAGCCGAGUUGGAACGACUGGAACGAGAGUUUGCAAUUCAGUCCCAGAUUACGGAGGCUGCCCGCCGCCUUGCCAGUGACCCCAAUGUCAGCAAAAAACUGAAGAAACAAAGAAAAACCUCUUAUCUGAAUGCACUGAAGAAGCUACAGGAGAUUGAAAAUGCAAUCAAUGAGAACCGCAUCAAGUCUGGGAAAAAACCCACGCAGAGGGCUUCACUGGUCAUAGACGAUGGAAACAUUGCCAGUGAAGAUAGCUCCCUCUCUGAUGCCCUUGUUCUUGAAGAUGAAGACUCUCAGGUCACCAGCACAAUAUCCCCCUUACAGUCUCCUCACAAGGGACUUCCUCCUCGGCCACCAUCGCACAACAGGCCUCCUCCUCCCCAGUCCCUGGAGGGACUCAGGCAGAUGCACUAUCACCGCAACGACUAUGACAAGUCACCCAUAAAGCCCAAAAUGUGGAGUGAGUCCUCUUUGGAUGAGCCUUAUGAGAAGGUCAAGAAACGCUCCUCUCAUGGUCAUUCCGGCAGCCACAAGCGCUUCCCCAGCACAGGAAGCUGUGCUGAAGCAGGAGGAGGAAGCAGCUCCUUACAGAACAGUCCUAUCCGCGGCCUCCCGCACUGGAACUCCCAGUCUAGCAUGCCAUCCACACCAGACCUGCGCGUCCGAAGCCCCCACUACGUCCAUUCCACAAGGUCGGUGGACAUCAGCCCCACGCGACUGCACAGCCUCGCACUGCACUUUAGGCACCGGAGCUCCAGCUUGGAGUCCCAGGGCAAGCUCCUGGGCUCGGAGAACGACACGGGGAGCCCCGACUUCUACACCCCGCGGACUCGUAGCAGCAAUGGCUCAGACCCCAUGGACGACUGUUCAUCGUGCACCAGCCACUCGAGCUCGGAGCACUACUACCCGGCGCAGAUGAACGCCAAUUACUCCACGCUGGCCGAGGACUCGCCGUCCAAGGCGCGGCAGCGGCAGCGGCAGCGGCAGCGGGCUGCGGGCGCGCUGGGCUCGGCGAGCUCGGGCAGCAUGCCCAACCUGGCCGCGCGCGGCGGCGCUGCGGGGCCGGGGGGCGCGGGCGCGGGCGGCGGCGUGUACCUGCACAGCCAGAGCCAGCCCAGCUCGCAGUACCGCAUCAAGGAGUACCCACUGUACAUCGAGGGCAGCGCCACGCCCGUGGUGGUGCGCAGCCUGGAGAGCGACCAGGAGGGCCACUACAGCGUCAAGGCGCAAUUUAAGACCUCCAACUCCUACACGGCCGGAGGCCUGUUCAAGGAGAGCUGGCGUGGUGGCGGAGAUGAGGGCGAUGCGGGCCGCCUGACGCCGUCGCGCUCGCAGAUCUUGAGGACUCCGUCGCUGGGCCGCGAGGGCUCCCACGACAAGGGCGCGGGCCGGGCCGCCGUGUCGGAUGAGCUGCGCCAGUGGUACCAGCGCUCCACGGCCUCGCACAAGGAGCACAGCCGCCUGUCGCACACCAGCUCCACCUCCUCCGACAGCGGCUCGCAGUAUAGCACCUCCUCCCAGAGCACCUUUGUGGCGCACAGCAGGGUCACCAGGAUGCCCCAGAUGUGCAAGGCCACGUCAGCUGCCUUACCUCAAAGCCAGAGAAGCUCAACACCGUCAAGUGAAAUCGGAGCCACCCCCCCAAGCAGUCCCCACCACAUCCUAACCUGGCAGACUGGAGAAGCAACAGAAAACUCGCCCAUUAUGGAUGGGUCUGAGUCUCCACCUCACCAAAGUACUGAUGAAUAGAGGGGCUGCAACGACAGCUGCUUCCUGGAUUCCUCCCCCUACCCAGAACUAGCUGACGUCCAGUGGUAUGGGCAGGAAAAAGCCAAGCCCGGGACCCUCGUGUGAGACAGCCCCGGCCUGAUCUGACCGCCUCGACGCCAUUCUGAGUCACCUCACUGCCUCUCAUUUGCCUUACCCAGACGCACUGUCACCUGCACCAGCUUCGGUCCUCAGCACUUUUUUUCUCCUGUCUCCGCAACCCCUUCACCCUCAAAACCUGACUGAGGAGACAUUCUGGAAGGUUCCGGUCCCACUGUGUGUCCCCUGGCUCUCUUGCCCAGAGAGAGCUAGUCAGCAAUCCUCAAUGGCACCUUGGUGGCUUCCCCUCCUUGGCAGCCCCCAGGCCAGGAACUGUCAGGGAAGCCGACUGGCAUGAAAUUCCUUCAGAUAAGUAGCAUUGGCAGAGAACAGGAAGAUUUACCCACAGAAGGACUAUGAAGCUGCGUCCAGCCUGCCGCCUGUAGGCCAACCAAGCACUUCAAGAAGAGGGUGCCUCGUGGGGAUAUUCAGUUGACACCUGAAAUAUUCCUAAUACAGCUUGGGAGGGAGUGUCUGCGGGGAGAAGUGAGGAAGGUUAACACCCCGAGAUGCACCAGAGGAUCACAAUCAGUUCUACGCUGCCAAAGAGAAACAAACAAAAUAAUUACAUGCAAACAGAAAUAAGAGGGGCCAAGCGGAAGACAUUCUUUCUGCAAUGAAAUUUCUUUUAGAAUCUCAACUGCUUCUGCACACCACAGUGUAAGUCAACCAUUUGUAAAUCAUGUCCUCUGACUCAUCACCCUUGACAGUCCACUUCUUCCUCCGUGAGAGCCUGGAACCCUAACCCAAUGGCAGGGUGAAGAUGAGGGAGUCUUGGCUGGCCUCCCUGACUCAGAAUCUCCAUCAGUCUGGACAUGAAGGAAAACAGACCCUCGGGGAGGAGCAGAGUGUACAAUUAGCCUGGUCUGAGAAGGGGGCUCAGCCGAAGCCCGAGACCCAAAGCUGCUUUCCUUUGGGGAUUUGUAGUAAACAUAAGGUGAUAAUUGCCAAAAGUGGUUCUCUCUCAUUAAAACGACCAGUAAAAGUGUAACCUAUUUUUUUGCACAAGGUGUUUCAUUUUUUCUUUUCUUUUUUUUAUGGGAAACCAAGGGAAAAGCACAUUGCAGUCCAUUCAAUGUUUAACUGUUGUGGCUCAUUUUAUGUUAGCACUUGUGUGACAAACAGCUCAGAUGCGACUUCUCCUGUGUGUCACUUAUUCAAAGAACCCAACUAUGCCCUUAGGUAGGAAGAUUUUCCACAUGUCUACUAGCCAGCAGGCAGAGCAGGGUUGAAAAAAAAUCAGCUCCCAAAGGACCUUGUAACCUACUGCAGAAUCAGUUACCGUGAAGCACUACCUUUGCCUGCAGAUGCCAAAAGAGGAAGAAAAAUAACAGAUGGGAGCUGCCCGUUUACAUGUGUUUUGAGCUAUGCUUAAUACACAACCAGAAAGCCAUCAAUCUUCAAAGGCCUCAAAAAUACUUUUAUAAUAACAAGUGCACAAUCUUAGUUGGGUUACUCAAGAUGGCACAAAAAGGUCACAGAGGUGGUAUGCUGUGCUUGUUGGCGCCAAGUGGGGGUGGGGUGGGGGUGGUGUGUUCUUCUUUGUAAUGACUUCCUAUUGGAAAGGCAUUUGACAGCCAGGGACAGGAGCCAGGGUGGGGGUGGUUUUUUGGGAAAGCAGAACUAAAGUUAGCUGUAGUGUCAAAAGAAAAAAAAAUCUUCGUUUUUCAUGUAUGUGUAAUCCAAGAAUAACAAUAGACUCUACCAGACCAGGAGGGUAAGAAUGGACACCAAAAUGAACUGCUCCCUCUGCCACUGGGAAGAAGUGGAAGUCAAGUGGAGCGUUAGGUGGGGACCAAGCAGGCCACAGCCUCUUCCACUUCUCUGUGCACGAUCAGGGCCCCAGAGCCCACUGUGCAUGACUAGGUUGGUGAUACCAGUUUGCAGAAGGGAUUGCUGUUUUCAGAACACUUAGGGGUAAAAUUGCAGGAUAAAUAGAAACUAGUUAGGAUGUUAAUGAAUCUGGGGCUUGACUGGGUAGGAGGAGGUAUUUUAAUUGUUUUUGUUUUGACGAUUAGAGCUACAGACAGCAUGUUUCUUUUAAGUCCCCCCACCUUCCCUAUUUGAAAGCAAACAUUGGGUCAUUUUUUUAUUUUUCCCACAAGAUAGAUGAAUAAUCAGACUGAAUUCUGUGCAACAGGACAAGUCAAAAGAGAAAUGGAAAAGGGGACGAGUAGCAAGGUUACAGGUGAUAUAACAUGGACGUGGUUUGAAAUCAAGUCUGAAGUAAAUUGGAUCAAGCUUUCUAGGCCAGUUCAGUUAUAAGGAAUAAGAGGCAGAAAUUCUUCCAAAAACUUGGGUUACAUUUAGAUUUGGGGGGCAGAGAGGAAAGGAAUGGGAAUAGAAUUACAGUUCUAGCAAACAUCCUGAGAGUCUGGUAGUAAAGACAGAUUAAGUAAAACAGGUUUUACUGUUUAGCUGUGUUCAGUUGAUACAAAAUGUUCAUAACCGUUAGUCCUUUGAGACUGACAGGAUAAUCGUCAGUGUGGUGGGAAACGCUGUAGUGAUUAUAUGCAAGCACUUGGAUACUCUUUAUAUAUCCCUAUUUCUUUAAAAUAAAAUAUGAUGAAAUACAAAGUCCCUGGUCUGAUAAAAGCCCCUAUUGGAUUUUUUGGAUACAUGUAAGAAAUUGCCUGUUUCAGCCAGAAGACUGGUGAAGACACAUAAACCAGACUACGUUGUGAGCCAGGUUGUUUUUUGUUUUGUUUUAAUUUUGUUAUAUGCAGGUGAGUGUUGAAACUGUUAAAAUUCCAAUUUGUUUUCAUUCAGUAUUAGUUUAGUUCUAAAUAUAGCAGACCUCAUCCAGGUGCUAUCAGACGACCAAUUACUGCUUAGUUAACUAGGUGUAAAGUUUUACAUAUACAUUAAUGUCAAUAGUUUAUUACAAGUUGUGUAAAAUGGACUCUAGUUUAAUAAUGGGGGGAAGAGAUUAGGUUGCUCCUGAAACUGACUGUAGAGCAUGUAAAAUGAUUUUACUGGAUUCUGUUCAACUGUAAUCAAUGAAAAAGAUGUAUGUUGUAGACAAAGUUGCAGAAUUAAAGAGAAAUCUGCUUUUAAUUUAUUCUUUUUGUAUUAAGAAUUUGUAUAGUACCUUUACAUUUUGCAAACCAGUGUUGUCAACACUUAUUAAAGCAUUUUCAAAAUGAAAAGA